AUGAUUAAGAAUCCUACCAGCCCUGUUUUCCUUCUCUUAUUUCUUAGAAUCAAUAUCUUUGUCAUGUCACAAAACACAACACUCCCGAUAAAUGUGGGUUUGAUCCUUGAUUUAGAUACUAUCUUUGGAAAAAGAGCCCUCAGCUGCAUCGACAUGUCUUUAUCUGACUUCUAUGCCUCACACGCUAACUAUAAUACUAGGCUGGUUCUGCACACAAGGGACUCCAGGGAAGAUAUUGUUGUUGCAGCUGGUGCAGCUCUAGACUUGAUAAACAAUGUUAAAGUGCAAGCUAUCAUAGGGCCGGAAUCAUCACUGCAAGCCAACUUUGUACUUGAAGUUGGAACUAAAGCUAAGGUGCCUAUAAUCUCAUUUUCUGCAACAAGCCCUUUCCUUCAGGGUUCAUACUUUUUCCGAAUUGCACAGAAUGAUUCAACUCAAAUCAAGGCAUUAGCCUCUAUAAUUCAAGCCUUUGGUUGGCAUGACGCAGUUCCCAUCACCGUGAAUAACGAGUUGGGGGCAGGAAUAAUACCUUACAUGACUACUGCCAUGCACGCGAUUGGUGUUGGUAUACCCUAUUGGAGUGCCAUUAAUCCAAUGGCCUCUGAUGACCAACUUGCUGAAGAGCUUUACAAGCUAAUGACAAUGCAAACCAGGGUCUUCAUACUUCACGUGUUACCUUCUCUUGGCUCUCGGAUUUUCGCAAAAGCAAAAGAGCUUGGGAUGAUGAAUGCAGGCUAUGUUUGGAUAAUGACAAAUUCAGUAACAAACUACAUCAGUUCCUCAAAUUCUAAUGUCAUACAUAGUAUGCAAGGGGUGUUGGGUUUAAAGACAUACGUUCCGAACACAAAAGAGCUUGAAAAGUUUAGAAAUAGAUGGCAAAGGAAAUUCCAACAAGACAACCCACCUCUCCUUAAUGCUAAAUUGGAUGCCUUUGGGCUGUGGGCUUAUGAUGCUGCAUGGGCACUAGCGAUGGCAGCGGAGAAGGUUGGAACUUCAAACUUCAGGUUGCAAGAGGUAAACAUUUCUCAUGAUUCCUCUGAUUUAGUAAGAUUAGAGGUCUCUCAGAUUGGUCCUCAACUUGCUCGAGAACUAUCAGGUAUAAAAUUUAGAGGUCUUUCGGGAGACUUCAGUCUUGUCAAUGGACAACUGCAAUCAUCAACUUAUCAGGUGAUCAAUAUGAACGAAAAUGGGCAGAGAGGGAUUGGCUAUUGGAGACCCCAAGAUGGACUUUUAAGGGAGUUAAGUUUGAGCAACAAAAGCACAUAUUCUACUUCUAAUGCCAGCCUUGGACCUGUAAUAUGGCCCGGAGACACAACCUCCACCCCAAAAGGUUGGGAGAUUCCUUCUACAACUGGAGGAAGGUUGAAGAUUUUAGUUCCGGUGAAUCCAGGGUUUAAAGAAUUUGUAAAUGUGACGCAUGAUCCUCGCACCAACACAAGCAAAGUCUCCGGUGGAUACUGCAUCGAAGUAUUUGAGGCUGCAAUAAAAGCAUUACCAUACCCUGUUCCAUAUGACUUUUAUCCCUAUGCAAAGCCUGAUGGUGAGGUGGCCGGGAGUUACAAUGAUUUGGUUAAUCAAGUGUUUCUUCAGAAUUAUGAUGCUGCAGUUGGAGAUAUAACCAUUAGAGCAAACAGAUCCUUGUAUGUUGACUUUACGCUGCCAUACACAGAAUCUGGAAUAUCAGUAAUUGUACAUGUGAAAGACAACAAUAGUACUAGAAACACAUGGGUGUUCUUGAAGCCUUUGACCUGGGACCUUUGGAUAACAAGUGCUUGUUUUUUCAUUUUCAUUGGUUUUGUGGUCUGGGUUCUUGAACAUCGGAUAAAUGAAGACUUUCGUGGACCUCCACAUCAUCAAAUUGGCACCAGUUUUUGGUUCUCCUUUUCAACUAUGAUCUUUGCACACCGUGAACGAGUGAUGAGCAACUUGGCUAGGUUUGUAGUGAUCAUAUGGUGCUUUGUUGUCCUCAUACUGAUUCAAAGUUAUACAGCCAGUUUGACAUCAUUUUUAACAGUUCAACAACUCCAACCAACUGUUACUGAUAUAAGCUUGCUCGUGAAGAAUGGGGACACUGUUGGCUACCAAGCAGGGUCUUUUGUUUAUGGACUCUUGAAGAAUCUAGGAUUUCAAGAUGAAAAACUCAAAACCUAUAGUUCCACUGAUGAAUUGUAUGAACUUUUUCAAAAUAGCAGAGAAAAUAAUGGUAUUUCUGCUGCUUUUGAUGAAGCACCCUACAUGAAACUUUUCCUUGCAAAGUAUUGCUCAAACUAUAUCAUGGUUGAGCCUACAUUUAAAGCUGAUGGCUUUGCCUUUGUUUUCCAUAAAGGUUCGCUUCUGGCGCGUGAUGUUUCAAGGGCAAUCACUUCUGUGCACGAGGGAGCUGACAUGAAAAAUAUAGAGGACAAGUGGUUCAAAAAGGAAGCAAGUUGUUCAAGCCGCAGCACCACGGGUUCUACCCGUAGUCUAACUCUUAGCCUCUACAGCUUUUGGGGCCUCUUCCUCAUUGCUGGUGUUGCUUCUUCAUUAGCUCUGCUCAUAUUUGCAGCUGUGUUCCUCUAUGAGCAUAGGCACACGUUGACGAGCUUUGAUCCAGAAACCUCAUUUUGGAGAAGAAUUUGUAUCCUGUUUAGUAUCUAUGAUCGAAGAGACAUUACUCCUUAUACCAGGAGACAACUACAAGAUUCUGUUCAUGGUAAAUCAGAUGCCGUUGAGUCUUUAUCAAAUGCCAACUCUUCCCCAAGGCCAUCAAGCGAAGACAACAGUGAAUCACACAUUGUUAUCCAGGAGCUGGGAACACCUUCUGACACCGAUCAACUGGAUUUGAAUAUCUGUGAUCCGGCAACCCAAGAGAUUGAAUAGCAACUGGGUAGACUUCCCAAGUGAGGAGAGGCCAGUAACUCAUUAGAUUGUCCAAGGAUCUAGAGUCACGUUAUGCUAUGCAUAGGAUUACUACGAUUAUGCAAUGUGGUAUUGAACUCAUUAGAUUGCCAGUGAGUUCAGUAACUCAUUAGACUGCCCCCAAAAGCUACCGCUUUUCUGUAUGUAAUGUGCUUGUAGACCAGAUGGCAACACCGUUCUUAGGUGGUUGUAUUUUAGCCUUUCUUACUGCCUCACAAAGUUAAAAGAUGAAUAUCGAAACAGGUCAU